AUGCGUCUUCCAAUUCUUCUUCUCGUCUCAAUCCUCGGAUUCGUCUCCGUCUUCGGUGCUCCAACCGAUCCGGACGCCAUCGAAAUCUCCCACAACUUCUUCAAGAGAUUCAUGAAGGCUAUCAACUCAGGCGACUUGUUCCAGGUUCUCGGCAUGUUCUCCCCACAAAAAGGUGACACCAACGUCGACGCCGGCCAUCUGAUUUCCGAAUUGAAAGGUCUCCGUGUGUCCUUCCGUUCCGCCAACUUCGUCGGUGCCAAUGUGAACGUCUCCUGUGUUUUCCGUCCACCGAAAACCGAGAAAGCCGCGAAGUCCGCUGAAUUCAUCUUGGAGAAAAACGCGGAGGUCAACACCUGGUUGAUCAAGAGCAUGAGCGAUGUGAAGGGACCUAAGACUGCCCAACUUCAUCAUUUCUAUCCUCCAUUGGUCAUGGGAUAA